AUGGAGGUCGCCAAGAAAAGCCCAAUUCUCAGAGUUCUUAUGCUGCCAUGGCUGGCUCAUGGUCAUAUUCUUCCCUUCUUAGAACUUGCUAAACGUUUAGCAACCCGAAAUUUCCGUCUUUACUUGUGUUCUACCCCUGUAAAUCUGAUAUCCAUCAAGAAGAAAAUCUCCGAUAAGUUUUCAAGUUCGAUUCAAUUGGUUGAGCUCCACCUUCCAUCCUCGCCGGAGCUUCCUCCUCACCACCACACCACCAAUGGGUUGCCGCCCCAUCUCAUGGCCCAGCUCAAAAAAGCUUACGAAAUGUCAGCUCCUCAGUUUUCCACUGUUCUAUCCACCCUGCAUCCUGAUUUGGUGAUUUACGAUCUUAAUCAGCCGUGGGCGGCGAAGAUUGCUUCAUCUCACAAUAUCCCGGCGGUUCAGUUCAUUUCUGUUAGUACCUCGUUUGUGUGUUUUUGCCUACACACGACGAAGAAUUCAGGGAAGAAAUUCCCUUACCCUGAAAUUUAUCUCAGGGACUAUGAGAGGUUAUUCAAGCUUCAGGGGAAAACAGAGGUUCAACACAAUGAUGUCAACGGCGGGAGCGUCUUCCUUCAAGCUGUUGAUCGAUCUCAUAAAAGUUUGCUGAUCAAAUCUUUUAGAGAAAUUGAAGGUAAAUUCGUUGAUUUCCUGUCUUCCAUAUCCAACAAAAAGGUAAUCCCGGUUGGCCCUCUGGUACAUGAUCCUACUAAUUCCGACGAAGAAGACGAUGAUCAUCAACCUUCAGAGGAUGAUAGAGAAAUCAUGGCCUGGCUUGACAGGAAGGAAAGAAACUCUGUGGUUUAUGUUUCGUUUGGAAGUGAGUACUACUUGACAAAUGAAGAAAGAAAGGAAAUUGCAAAAGGGCUGGAGCUCAGCAACGUGAAUUUCAUAUGGGUUAUCAGAUUUCCAUUGGGAGAAAAAAUCAGCAUCGAAGAAGCCUUGCCGGAAGGUUUUCUCCACCGGAUUGGACACAGAGGCAAAAUUGUGGAAAGAUGGGCUCCGCAGCCGUUGAAUGCUAGACUGGUGGAAGCGGUCGGAGUCGGCGUGGAAGCCAUUAGAGACGAGGAAGGUAAUCUGCAGAGUGAAGAAAUUGGGAGAGUGAUACGGCAGGUUAUGGUGGAUGAAAAUGGUGAAGAUGUGAGGAGGAAAGCUAAAGAAAUUAGUGAGAAGUUGGAGAGAAAAGGUGAUGAGGAAAUAGAUACACUUGUAGAGGAAUUACUAGGACUUUGUCAGAAAAAUUUGUAUAUUGGUACAAAAUAAACACAAUCUAUACAGUUUGAUUUAUUUUCGCAACACAAACUCAUACUGUUAUUUUGGGACGAAGAAAGUGACAAAUUCUUGAAAAGGGUCAUUUUGAAGGUCUAGUUGGGACUGAUAUUGGCAUGCAGAUAUCAGAAAAUCAAG